CGAAAAUAUAAACAGUUGCCUAUCGUACUCAAAGAUGUUAUACCUGGCGGACAACGGCCAAAACUGAUCAAACGGAGUCAAAGCGACGACGAAAAGAGAAAGGGAAAAAAUGGGCGCCUGUUAAUUUAAGAUGAGUCGGUCAGCUCGUCGAUAGCGCAACUUGCUCCUUGUACAAAACUCUCAUCGUCGCAGCAACAGCAGCGACCACUUGUCUUUCUCCUCAGCCGACUGUCUCGUAUACUCUAGUCUCUCAGUAAUCCUCGUAGAGUCGACCACGAAUGCAUAAAAAUCCGUUCGCUGUUCCUUCGUCAUACACCCCUCAACAGCCGCCCUUGCCUCCCGGUCCUCCUCCUCCUCAGCCAGCACAACCAGACUAUUCUGCUUACUGGGCUGCUGCAGCGGCAGCUCAGCCCAAUGCAUAUACUCCUCAAUGGUCUGCAGGUCAGCCAGCUCAGGCUGCUGCUCGCCCGACACCUGAACAGUCAGCUCUUUAUGCAAACUACGGCUAUGGUCCUGGACAACAGAACUGGCAACAGCAGCAACAGAGACAAGCUCAACCUUACCAGCCACCUCCUCCUGUAGCUCAACCUCCGCCUCCGCCACCACCUCAAGCAACGUAUAAUCCGUAUCAACCUCAGACGGUUGCAUACCAGCAACCUUACAUUCCGCAGGCUGCACCUCAGCAUGUUCCGCACCAACCGCAAUAUCAACCGCCUGUAGUGCAAGCACCUCCUCAGUUCCAGCAACAGCAUCAGCCUUACUUUGGUCAGCAACAACCGCAUCAACAACAACAACAGCAACAGCAAAAUCGUCAGCAACACAACCGGAACCAGAACUUGCAUCAGCAAUCAUCCCAGCACUUGCCUCCCGCAAAACGGCAACGGUUCGGUCCUGCUCAAUCUCAAGGGCAGAUACAACAUGCUCCGCCUACACAGCCUGCUCAAUCUGGUGCGAUCGGUGGAGGUGUUGGUGUGGGUGUUGGCGCCUUUCAAGGUCCGGGUGGAGGUCGGGGUGGAGGACCUGGUGCCAAUCAAGUACCUCUAGGUGGUUCAAGGGGAGGCUUUGGAGGCGGUCGUGGCGGAAAUGCCAUGGGUGGGCGGGGAAGAGGUGGCCCAAUGGGUAUGAACAGAGGUGGAAGCAGGGGACGGGGUGGUGGCUUCAAUAACAUGGGUAACCGCGGUCCCAGCCAGAGUGGCGGUAGUUUCAGAGGCCAUGGUUCUCAUCGUGGCUUUGGAAACCGAGAUAAUCGAAGAGGUGGUUCGUUCAAUACCGGCGGACAAGGCUUCGCUCAUGGUCAGCAGCAGCAACAGCAACAUCAUCAGGGCUUCCCCAGUGGGGGUACGUCUUUCAGAGGUCGUCAUGGUCCAAGCCAUGCUGGUCGCGGUGGCAGGCAUGAUACGGUUGCCCCUCAUGGUCCUAAGGACAGUACUGCGUCCACCAGCGUCUCGGUCGGUAAGAAAGAAGAGAAUCGAAGGACACUGACCGAUUUCAAGAUAGUUGGACUCGAGCUUCGCGAUCUCAGCUGGAGUUGGGGUGUUAUUCCACCCCCAUCCGAGUCUGACGUGAAGGAGGAGCGUACAGAGGCUGAAAUGCCUAGCGCUGAAGAGCCUGCCUCUGAGCAGAAGCCUAAUGUGUCCGCUGCCUCCGAUGCAGCCACUCAUGCUGCUGGGCCUUCCACUGAGGGUACCACUGCUGCGACGGAGAAGGACACUGCUGUUGUCAAAUCUGAAAUAACGACAGCGCCGAUGCCUCCUCCGCCAUCUCGCAUUCGUAUUUAUUUCCACACGCCAGUGACUGCUGAUGACAUUCACUCUCUUACUCCGCAGUCUUCGCUUUCUCUUGUUGUUCCUUCGGAUUCUGCUGUUCGCAAGGGCAAACGUAAGAAACUCGAUGACGAUGAUGCGGACAUUGAGGAUGGUCGGGGUCCUCCCCCGCCUCCUCCUGGCAUGGACCAUGACAGUAUGAGCAUUGCUCCGAGUGUUGACCGUGAUGGUACCGAGACAUUGGCUGGACGCGACAGUAUGGCUCCAAGUGUAGCAGAGACAACGAGCGAGGGAGAAGUCGGUCAGAGCUCACAAGCCACUGAGCUUGAAGAACCUCAUGAUGAGGAUGCUGACGCCGACGCGAUCGGCGAGGAAUAUGUUGAAGGCGAGGGUUAUGAGAUUCACGAGGAUGUGACUAUGGGGUCGAUCGAUGACCACCACACAGAUGCACAUUUCGAGAGUGGGCCUAAUGAGGUUCUGGGUUCGAAUGGUCAUCCUGAUCAAAGCCAUGAAUUACCCUCUCCGAAUGACGCAAAUGGCGUCUAUGAUUCCUCGGAAUCCGUCGAGUCGAUGCUGAAAGCAUCAGGACCCUCUGAGGCUACAGAGCCAACUCAAAGUUCUUCUCAGUCUCCACAUGAUCUCAAUGAUUCGUCUUCCAACCUCGCCGUUGGCGCAGUUUCUGCUGAUUCCGAGGCUCCUGAUUCUCUUUCUAAUGUGCCCCAGACUCAGCCUGAAGGCAAGAACACUGAUACUGAUACCUUCCCCGAAUCACAGGUUCCAGCACAACCGAAUGGAACUCGGCGACCGCUACAAGCUAUGGACUCUCUUGCAUCUACUGUACCCGAUACCAAUGGCCAAGAGGAUACCUCUCCGUAUACGUCUACAGUAUUGGAAGGCAGUCCAGUGCCCACUGCCGCCCAAGAAGACGCUCAGACUCAGCCAGUGGAACGGCGAUCCUCAGAAACCCAGCAUAAUCAGGUUGAACUUGGAACCCCUUCCACGAGCACGGCCGUUUCUGGGUUGAACGGCACCCCUGCAUCACAGGUCCAUGCCAAAUCUGACGUCAAACUGCCGUCCGCCAAUCGACUGUCAAUCUCGUAUGCCGCAGGAACGAGGCGAAUGGUAAUCGACGCUGAAGUUGUCGAUAAACUUGUCGUAAGGCGGGACGAUGGCCGUAUUGAGGUUCACCUUAACAUCGCAAGAGACGAUGGCUCGUUUAAGGGUAUCAUGGUCGAAGCGUUUUCUGAUUCUUCUUCAUCGUACACGCCAUUGGAUAUAGCCAUACCCAACUUGAACGAUCCUACGAUACCACCCUUCAACACCGCUUCGCUUCCUUUGAAGACGGUCCUUAUCGCAUACUUGGAUAAGGAACGUCCGUUGUCAGAACCGAAGUGGGUGAAGACAGGUGAUGUCCAAGAAUGGCUCAAGACCAUGUUUGGUCGUAUGUUCUGGGCCGCUGGCGAUGCGGCUGAUGGUUGGGAGAAGAAGAUCGAAGUCGCUGACCCUGAUCCAGUACGUUGUCCUCAGAGCUUUCCCAAGUUUUACAUACUCACAUGUGUCUACAUAGCCUCCAACUAUCUGGACCCUUCUUGAAGCAUGGGCAGGCAAUUCAAACAUUGGUACUCAAACUGAACGUCAACGCUUCUUACGUAUACACAUGUCCGAAACAGACAACAUCUUGGAAAUCCUUCUCCGACUCGUCCGAGGCGAACGCGCAAGUUACUCCCAGAACGCCCCUGUAUUAUCUGCACCUAACUUAUCGGGCCCCCUCCUUUCUGCACUAUCGCUGGGUUCAGCGCAUGGUGCCCAACAGACACAUGUCUCGCUCGCCGUCUUGGCAAUUUUCCGGCUUGCCGUGGAAUAUGCGAAGAAGGCAGUAGGUGAUGGAGGGAAGAGUGAGGUUGAGGAGAGGGUUGGGGAGAUCAUCCGAUGUUUGCCGUCACAUCUCAUCUACAAGAGUCUCGACGGCAUCUUCAAAGAGUGGAGGGUAGAAAAAAAAGGCGGUAGAUAGUAAGUGUUCUAUCUAUCAAGAUAGUUCGCAUGCAGCUUUCUCUAUCAGCAUGUUUUUCUUGACGCAGCAAUACCAAUGUGCUGAGUGUUUGUAAGGCUACUUUUGUUGCAAGGUUCAUGGAACAAAGAUAAUACACAUCGAAGUAUAGAAGUACAUGCAGAGUGCUUUUGAUACAGUUCAUGGCCUGAUGUGUAUUCCAUGCUCCUAUGGCGUUUGACUAUGUCUUUCCGUCGGCAUCAAGUGCCUUUUGGAUAGUCGGUACUGACAGUGACAUCCUUCCAAUCCUCGAGUCUCUGCAACGUGGUGUUGCAGACGCUCUUCACUACAUCGUAAGAAUCACUUCCAAUGGCUACCACAGUGGGGAACUCCCUCCCAGCUGCGACGCCCUCACCUUUGAUAAUAUCGAUCAUAACCUCAACACCUUUCUUAGGAUCCCCAGG